AUGUCCAUCCUUAUUUAUUGCCCAACAAUAAGAUUAUUUGAUAUAGGUGGUUAUAACAACGCUACUCUUUCAUAUGAUCCUAAAACUUUGAAAGUUCAUGAAAAUCGUCUCAUUAUAACAUUAAAUGAGGUCUAUAUUUAUGAUAUAAUUAAUGAUAGUUGGAAUACCGACUGUGAUGGCCAAAGAAUCAUAAUUUAUAGAGGUUACUUUAAUGAUCCUGGAUAUUUAGACAAUUCACUUUAUGUAUUAGAUUUGACAAUUUUUAAUUGGUAUAUUCCAAAAACUACUGGAAAUAUUCAAAUUUUUAACCAAAAUCGAUCAACUUUAAUAGGACGUGGUUGUGAUAAAUCAGUUGAAAGUGAUAUAUUAUUACUUGAUAUUAGUAAUAAUGAAGAAUAUAUAUGGAUAACAAUAUUUGAUCCUCCAGACUCAAACGUUAUUAUACCACCAUCAUCAUCGUCAAAUUCAUCACUGACUUCAUCAUCACAUCAUUAUCUUCAUCAUUACCUCCACCAAUAA